GCUUCUAUGACUCUAUUUAGGUUCGCGAUGCACGCCAAUGCACGCGUGCCAUUGAUACGAUUACAAAAGUAAGGAUGGAGGGUGAAUUAAGAAUCGUGGUGAAAUGGAGCGGAAAGGAAUACGAUAUCCUCGAUAUUCAAGAGGAAGAUACAGUUCUUACACUAAAAGAGCGUAUACACAGAGAAACAGGUGUUCGCCCAGAACGGCAGAAGCUGCUAAAUCUAAAAUUUAAAGGCAAAGCAGCGCAAGAUGAGGACAUAAUCAGCAAAUUGAACCUGAAGCCUGGCUUCAAGCUAAUGUUGAUGGGGUCACGCGAGGAGGACAUCGCCGAGGUCAGUCAAGCACCCGAGAAUGUACCUGAUGUAAUUAACGAUCUAGACAUAGAGGAGGAGGAGGUAGAGAUCGAGAAGGCUGAGAUAAACCUUCGGAAGAUUCAAAUACGAAUCGAUCGCUACGUGAUUACUGAACUAAAUUCUCUAAGAGAGGGUAAGAAGCUCCUUGUGCUGGACAUAGAUUACACCUUGUUUGAUCACAGAUCAGUGGCGGAAAGCGGAGCUCAGCUGAUGCGUCCAUAUCUCCAUGAAUUUCUAACACGUGCUUACAAGCAUUACGAUAUAGUCAUUUGGUCAGCAACCAGUAUGAGGUGGAUCAACGAGAAGAUGAAGUUAUUAGGGGUGUCGAAUCAUCCGAAUUACAAGAUAGCCUUUCACUUGGACGUCCUUGCUAUGAUCACCGUUCACACGCCGAAAUACGGCGUCGUUGGGGUGAAGCCGCUGGGCAUUAUUUGGGGAAAGUACAAGCAAUUUUCCGCGAAGAAUACGAUAAUGUUCGACGACAUUAGACGGAAUUUCAUAAUGAAUCCGCAGUCGGGAUUGAGAAUAAAACCCUUCAAACAUGCUCAUACCAGCAGAGUCAAAGACUUCGAGCUGCUGAAAUUGUCGAGAUAUCUAGAAUUAAUAGCCGACGUCGAUGACUUUCAGACUCUCAAUCAUAGAAAGUGGGAGGAGUACAAGCCGAAGAAGCGCAAUCGAAGCAGCGAACAGACCAGCAGCAGUGAAAAAAGUUAAAUUUCAAUGAAAUUUAUUUUUCUUCCUGGACACUUUCAUAAAAGCAAUUGAUUGAUGGAAGAAAAAUAUUGAUUGAGGAGUGACCUAUAGAGUGACUCAAAUUGUACAUGACGAAACGAAUGCGAAACGAAAAUAUAGUGAGGAUACAUUUGUCAGCUAUUUUGAAAUCAUGACUGAAAAAUAAAAGGCUGUUUAUACAUUGGAUAAGAACGACGACGAGAUUGACUUAAGCGUCAGUUUCCUUGACAUUGCAAGAAAAUUUAUAAUGCGUGAUAUUGAUCUUUCCGAUAACAUACGUAUUUUCGCACGUUUCUUAUUCUAUGUAUUUGUGAUGUAUAUUUAUUGAUUGAUUGUGUAUACGUAUAUAAGAACCAUUUAAAUAAAACAUACGAGUGGCCGGCACUGGAGGUGCAAUGAUAUAAUGUAUUUGAGUGAAAAUCCACGUGCUAUGCAUCACGUUUGCGAAUUUUUCUACAUAUAUUCUUUGUUAUAUAUGCAUUUUGUGUCACAUGUACGAGUACAACAGAGUUAAUUUAAAAUGUACUCUUUGUUUCCUUGUUCUUUGCUUUUUGCCUAUUUCCUUUGCCUCUUCUUGCACUUCUUUUACCGCAAUGCCUUUGUUGCACCGUUUUAUCGAAAUUGAAAAGAUAAAAAUUGAUGAACUCCGGAACGGAACAUAAUUAUUGAUAAAAUAGUGCGCGAAGAGGCAAAAAGCAAGAAACAGGAAACAAAGAAAGCAUUAUAGACUAGUCUUAAAUUUCAUGCAACACGAAACAAUUAUUUUCAUCUUUGUAAUUGUGUGCUACGUGAUUGCGUUUGAUGCGGCAUAUUUCCGUCGUUAACAUAUAAUAUGCACUGAUUAUACAAACCGCAAUAUCUAUCUUAUACAUUAAAUGAUAGCGUUAAUGAACUUUAUUUAAGGAGUUAAACAAUUUUUAAAUCGUUUAAUAAGAUGUUUCCAUUUUUCAUACCGACUUAAAAAGUAUUACAGAAGAAUGUAAAAUAUAAAAGGUUCGCAUAAUGAUUGUAAUAAAACUAAUUUAUCCGAAAGUUCGAUUUUUAAUCUCGAUUUACGCCUGUAAAACUUUAUAGAUCCGUAUCUGUUAAACAUGAUAAACACGUUCUCGAUUUUUCUCCCAAAAUUAAAAAAUUCUCUGGUUUAAUAAAUUUAUAUUUACUAAA